AUGGACCAAACCCAGGAGCCGAGCGGCGCACCGUCCGGUGUCCUCUUCUGGGCAAUCGCCUAUAUAAACGUGAACGGGAUGUUCUGGUACCCAUGGAUGUUCACCGUCCUCUUCGGUAUCGGUUUAUGUUGGCUACUUCCUGAUUCACCUUCGACGGCGAGCUUCUUGACAGAGCACGACUUUUAUGGGAUUAUUAUUAAGGGUUUUGGAUUUUCCACUUAUCAGGCUGUGUUGCUUAAUGUCCCGCCUGCGAUUAUUAUGGCUGUCACGAUGGUGAUCGUCAGCAUUACGCUGUCGACAAGAUGGGGAGAAGGAAAGCGCAUUCUCUUCAUUAUCCUCUGUUACAUCCUUGGUCUGGUUUCGACAGCAAUGCUCUUCAGGCUGUCCUUUAACACCGGCACGAAGACUGCCCACCUCGGUGCGAUCUUUAUCGUUCUGGUUGUUGCUUCCUCUGCUGGUAUUAUGUGCUCGCUUCCGGCGAAUAAUGUAGCCGGAUACUCGACGAAAGUACUUGCGGUCGCGCUUUUCUUCUCGUCGAAUCGUGUUUCGAAUAUUGUGUCGCCGCAGGUUUCCUUGGCUCGUGAGGCGCCUUAUUAUCAUACGGGAAUUAUAGUGGGUAUGGCUGCGUUUGCGGUGAAUAUUGCCGUCUUUGCGUUGUUGUAUGUUUUGUACUCUCGCGAGAAUAAGACGAGGGAUGUUGAUCCGGCCGGGUUGGAGGGGAAGGAGGAUCUUGUGAAUGUGAAUGCUUCCUCUGACUUCAUGGAUUGGCAGAAUAGGAUGCUGCUGUAUAAGCUGUGA